GCCACGGAGGACAAAAGCUGGGGAACAUUAGUGUUGCCAGCGGGGGAACUCCAAACGGGAAGAGGGAAGGAGAAAGAAAAGAUUUUGUAAUACAUUUCGGCCCAAUGUAAGGCACUCAUUCUCAACUACGAGCAUCCAAGAGCUCACUGAGUCAAUAUCGUCGCCCUCCCUUAAUUCCGUCGGGAGAUAUUCCACGCGAAAGCUAUGGUUCCUUUCUUGUGAUCGGGAGGUAUCAAUUGAAGUCUUUGAUGAUAGUUUCCUAUGCUGGGGAAUGGGCGUUGCAGUCUCUCCCUCGACCAAUCAGAGGGCGGAACCGAUCGAUGAUCUACCGGUUCCGAGUCUGGUGGAGCAGUGGACCUCUUAUGAGCUUUAGCAAAAGGUGCUGGAGAUGCCGGAGAUGCGUAUGCUCUACUGAAGCAAGAUUCAGUCGUAUCGGUAGAAUGCAUCCCGGAGCCAGCAAAUGUAAACAAACGUUGGACAAAGCACAAAACAAUGGGGAAAAGUCAUAAAGCCUUUGGACAAGCCAUCUGGGCCCAGCGCCUGAAAAAAUUCGCACAACAAAAAUGCUGGACGCCGGACAUGGGCAGCAGGCCCGGUCCGAGACAGCCAAGAGCUGUCCUUGACCUGUAUAACAAGGUCCAAAGAUGCCCACGGCAGUGCGGCAGCCAGCAGCCGCUGACCUUCCGGGGGGUGGCUGCGCUGCAAAGAGGCUGUAACUGUGGACUGCACAGUAGCCCCAGUCAUCAUGCACCAUUCUUGCAUCCUCACUAGAAUGUCAGCUGUGACUGGGUGGUCCUAUUUGAUGCUUCUAAUCACUAUUUCUGACUAAUUUAUUUGCUUGGUGUUGGACAUGUUGCUGUUUUGCUGUUUUGCUGUUUUUUUUUGGGGGGGGGGGGGGUGGUGGAUGGCUUGGACAAUAGCACAGUAUAGUAUUUUGAGUACAUCUGUGGUGUCCUGGGCUGAGAGUUGUACCUAUUACUUGUAAAGGUGUGCUGUGUUGUUGCACAGGUCCCCAGGCUUAGUGCUGGUGCUUGCGAGCUAACACAACAGUGCAAUGGUGUGGUGGCUGGUUAACUUAUGUUCACAAGUUGUUUUAUCCCAUUUAUUGUUAACCUCACUGCUUUUCAUGACAUUUUUCUUUCCUUGGUUUUGCAAAUGCUUUGCUUGGGCUGCAUACUUAGAGCAUGAUGGUCAUGAUGGUGGCUGAAUUCAGUACGCUGAGCUGCAUCCAACCCAUGCUCUAGGACCCCCAUGACAGGGCUGGGAUCCAGCGGAUCCGGCAAUAUGUUGAAUCCGGCCGUCUGGCGGAGCUGAGGCAGCGCCCCAACAUCCAGCCCAAUCUGCAGCUUGAGCGGCAUGCUGCAGGCCAGGGACUACAGCCAGCGACCUCCACUUCCAUGCCUUCCUGAUCGAGGGUCUGGUUAGAUGGAACGCGGAUCGUCACCUUGCGGCGAUCGGACAGGACAGCGCCCGCGAGGUCCGGUGCUACGGACGAGUACAGGGUGCUACGACGGCCGGAUACGGGCAGCCGUCAACGACCUGUCGCAGAGGGUGCUCAAGAGGGACCUAGUCACCAGAAGCGAGCCUCUUCGAUACACGGGUGAGCUCGUCGGGGUCGCCUACCUGUACGGACAGCGGCGCGGUAGGCUCGACGAGUACAGGGUGGGUGACCCCGACACGCAGCACGGCGAGGAUGACGAUGUUGGCGAUGACCUCGACGAGGGAUUCGAGGACGUCGAGGACAUCUUCGUGACCGACGCGUACGAUGGUCUCGAAAUGCCACUUCAGACGCCUCUCCCGGCCGCUCCCGUCGGAGUCCCCAGCCUCGCCGCCGCCGGACCUCAGGGCCCCGCUACCGCCCGAGUCCCCAGCUCCGCCGACGCUGGGCCUCAGAGUCCCGCCGACGCUGGGCCUCAGAAUCCCGCCGCCGGACCUCAGAGUCCCGCCGCCGCUGCAGCUCCGGGCUCCGCCGCCGCUGCAGCCGCAGCCACCGUCGCUGGAGCUCCGGGCCCGGCCGCCGCUGCAGCUCCGGGGCCCGCUGCUGCUGCAGCCGCCACAGCUGCUGCUCCGGGGCCCGCUGCAGCCGCCGCCGCCGCAGCUGUAGCCUCGUGGCCCGCCGCCGCUAGAGCUCACAACCUCUCACGGCAUGGUAACCAGCCUCCACCGGCUCCUCCUGCCGUCGACGCUGCCAGCUGGUCACCAGCUGACGCACAGCCGGACCUGGAGGGACGCAGCUCACCCGGCCCUGGUGCAGUAGUGGCCGCCGCUCAGUCGCCCGCCAUCCCACUGACGCCAGACUGGGCAGCCGAGGGUCUUCCGGAGCACGGCGUUCAGCUGCUGUCGGCUCCUCCGACUACCGCCGGAGCCCCUGGCCCGGUCCCUGCCGGCGUCCCGGGCACAGCCACCGCGCCACCCACCGUCGCUGGCUCCGCCACCACCUCAAGUUUCGGGAACCGCGACCCGGCUCGCCAGGACGUGACCGGCCCCGACCACCAGCCGGGGUACGCCGAGUGCCACCGCCUGGCGCAGGUGCUCGUCGGCCUAGACUGCUCGCGGGGGUAUGUCGCCGACGAAGAGGCCGAGUCCAUCGUCCACCUGUGGCACCAGCUCUCCGCCGGCGACAGAGCCAAGGUGGCGGCCUCCCAGCGGUACCAGCACCGGCUGACGACUGGCCGGUUUAAACAGCCGAAGACCAGUCGGCUGUCUGGUGUCGUGCCGGGCGUGGACAGCGCACGGAGAGUCUCACUCAAGCGAGGAGCGGUUCCCGCGCAACGACCCGACUUGAACCGGCUCGCUGAGACGGUCGUCCGCCUGCUCUGCGAGCGGUACCGAAACCCCAGGCGCAGCGGAGGGUCGGUCCAGUCGCGCUGGGCGCAGAUCCUGGCCCACCACUCCAGCCUGCGGGACAUUCUCCUCAAAUGUCCCGCAAUCACCCAGCGGACUGGAGUCAACCUGGCGGCUCUGAACCAGCACACGCUCACGUCCUGGUUCAACGAGCACCAGAAGGAGACGGAGCGGAGAGCUCUUCUCCAGGGCGUGCAGCUGCCGCCAGCCCGUCCGAUCGCCGCAGUCGCCCUGCCAGCACCGGCGCCGCGGCUGAUGCAGGUGCAGGUGGUGCGGGUGGACUGCCGCCGCCCACCGCACCACUUCGUCCUGCCUGCCGACACGGUCGGACAGGCGCAGACCCGCCGUCGCCCGGCCGAGGACACCGGCCACGACACCGCCGCCAAGAGGCCCUACACGCGCCGGCAGCCCACCAACACCUGCGGCCAGUGCAAAGGCGCUCUGACGGCGGACACGGGGCACAGACGGGGGAAGGGCGGCCCAAGCCGAAACAAGGUUUUCUGUCCCGUUGCCAACCCUGAUCUAACAUACGAUCAGUGGUUGGCAAAGUUCAAGUGAGGAGUAUGUCUUGUACCUAUGUAUGUAUGUCUUGUCUAUGUUUUGUGUCCUGUAUGCCUGGCAAGUCCAACGCCAGACACCGGCGGAACUGCUUCAGGGCCGCUCUCUCCGGCCGCAGCUCAGGCGCUGCGCCCCCCCCCCCCCCAUGAUCGCCGCUGGCGCCACCUUUCGGCGCCCCGCCGCCGUCGGUGGGGAGAAAAAUAAACCAGAUCUGACUUCGGA